AAUGUUAUACGAUACUUCCUGAGGCUGGUCCCAUAAUAAGUUGUUUAAUGAAAAAGUGUACAUUUACGGUGAAUUAUUACUGUUUCACUAAACAUAAUGUCUGAUCCAACAAUUCAAACAUUUUGUUGUCAUCAUUCUGGCAAAAAUGAGGAUAUGGCAGUGAGAAUAAUGAACGAGUUUAAUACAGAUUCAUAUAACACUGUUUGUUUGGUUUCUUCUACAAUCGGUAUUUUAGGCGCAUUAUUCCAGAUUGUACACUAUUUAUGGCAAAAUAUACCUCAAAGAUACAACACGUUUACAUCCAGUCGUGGACGAGACAUUAUAAUGUGGCUAGCUGUUGCAGAUUUAUUGGCGUCCUCUGGGGUCUUAAUAAGAUCUUCACUGUGGUUGAAAUACAAAACUAUAUUGCCUAUGCCGGAUGAUGGUUUUAGUGUACUAUUCUGCAGUAUUACCUCAGCUUGGACUCAAUAUUUCUAUACAGCAACUUGGUUCUGGACUCUAUUCUACGCAAUCGACACUUGGCUUACUAUUAAAGGCAGGGACUCUCACCAAAUGGUUUACCACUCUGUGGCCUGGGGUCUGCCAGCGGUCACUACUGGAGUAGGACUGUCUAUUCUUUACUUCCCAGACGCAACAUGUCACAAUUUAACAUCAGUCACAAGUGCCCUACUAAAAAUUCUUCCCAACUACUGUGCAACAUAUGUGCCUAUAGCACUUGUGAUGGUAAUAAACCCCAUCAUGUAUGUGCUCGCUGGCAAAGACGUUGAAAUGGCUGUGGCGCUGCCGCUCGCUCAGUUCACUAGUAAGGAGCGAAGGGUUGUGGACGCUUUAAGACUGAAGUUUUUUAUGAUAAAUGCUGUAUUCUACAUUUGCUGGUUACCUAAUCUCCUGAACGGAAUACUAUUGUGGACUAUGUGGUUCAAUAUGCCAGUAAAAGUUAUAAUAUCUAUUUGGUAUGUAAUGGCUUUAAUGAACCCAAUGCAAGCGCUGUUCAACGCUAUGGUUUAUCGCAAGUGGAGUUCCACAGGGUACAGCAUGGCGACCACAAUAUCCAGUGCCACAAUCAAAGGUUUCCAGUUCAGUGACGAGCAGUCCCCGCUUCUUGGCUCGGAGCCCCCGCGGCUGCAUUUGGACCCAUUGCCGUCUAGCAUUAACAAUUAUUCGACCCUGUGAUCUUUAGUCAAUAAUUAUAAACACUGCCGGUGACGGUCACAUCAAAGAAGCUUAUAUAAUAACACUGGAGGUUAUAAUUGAAA